AUGCCCGCUUCACAAACUGGAUUUGGAAACUUCUUCUUGGAGAGGAACAUCAACAUGCCGGCUGGAUAUCAGAUCCCGGUGCUGGGCUGCUCUCCGGGUGUGCAGCAGCAGCAGCAGCUGGCGGCGAUGGCUGCUGGAGUUCCUUUAACGUACUCAGGACUACAAGGAUACAACUUUAUACCUUAUCCACACCACAGGCAUAUCACACAUAUGAGUAAUGGCUUCGACCUGAAGGCCGCCUCUCACUACCAUCACGCGCUCCUUGCUCGUGGAGGAGCUUUCUACCCCCCGUACCGCCCCGGAGCAGCUGAGGAUCCCGGCAGAGUCGCCAAGGUGGCCACCCGAGAGAGCACCGGCGCUCUGAAGGCUUGGCUAAACGAGCACCUGAAGAACCCGUAUCCAACCAAAGGCGAGAAAAUCAUGCUCGCCAUCAUCACCAAAAUGAGCCUGACGCAGGUCUCCACCUGGUUCGCCAACGCGAGGCGACGCCUGAAGAAGGAGAACCGAGUGAGCUGGGCGUCCAAGGGGAAGUCAGACGAGGAGGAGGAGGAGGAUGAGGAGCAGGAGGGAGAGAGUGAUGAUGAGGACAGCUCGCUGCAGAAAUGUCACCUGGAUGACCGGGAUGAGGAAGAGGCGCAAAAUGAGCGCGCAGACACGCACGAGCAGGUGGAGAGCGAAGCACCUGUGGAGGUGACGCAGCAGCAGCAGAGCAGCGAGGACAGAGAACUUACUCUAGUGAAGAAAGUGGAAAACUCUGAGCACACGCCCUCUGCUCUGGAGAGUAAAGACAACAAUGUGAACCAGAAACCAAAAAUCUGGUCUUUGGCUGAGACCGCCACCUCAGACACUGUGAGGAAACCCACGGACAGUAUUUACCACCCGGCAGGGAAACUGUGGGCAGAGUGGGCUUCUAGGAACGGCCUGUUUGUUCCUUCAUACACCACUCAUGAAAUCAUCUGA